GCCGCGGCCUUCCCGGAACCGCAGCGGGAAUCGCUAGCCUCUGCUCGUCUGUCCCGGUCCCCGCACAGCGGCCCGGCCCCGGCAGGAUGAGCCGCAUCUACCAGGACAGCGCGCUCCGGAACAAGGCGGUGCGGAGCGCACAGCUGCCCGGCGCCUGGGAGCCCGCCGCCCACCAGGGGGGAAGUGGUGUCCUGCUGGAGGGAGAACUGGUCGAUGUGUCUCGGCACAGCAUCUCGGACGCCCGUGGCAGGAAGGAGCGCUACUACGUGCUGUAUGUCCGGCCCAGUCGCAUCCAUCGCCGGAAGUUCGACCCCAAGGGAAAUGAAAUCGAGCCCAACUUCAGCGACACCAGGAAGGUGAACACGGGCUUCCUCAUGUCGUCCUACAAGGUGGACGCCAAGGGGGACACGGACAGACUCACGCCCGAGGCCCUGAAGGAGCUGGUGAAUAAGCCGGAGCUGCUCGCCCUGACGGAGAGCCUCACGCCCGAGCAGACCGUGGCCUUCUGGAUGCCCGAGUCGGAGAUGGAGGCCCUGGAGCUGGAGCUGGGGGCCGGGGUUCGGCUGAAAACCCGAGGCGACGGCCCCUUCCUGGAUUCAUUAGCCAAACUUGAGGCUGGAACAGUGACCAAGUGUAAUUUCGCUGGCGAUGCAAAGACGGGGGCAUCGUGGACCGACAACAUCAUGGCCCGAAAGUCUUCCGAGGGGGCCGCGGCAGAGACCCGAGAGCAGGGGGACGGGGCAGAGGAUGCGGAGUGGCCGGAAGAAAUUCAACAGCAGAUUGUGCGAGAGACCUUCCAUCUAGUUCUCAAACGGGAUGACAACAUCUGUAACUUCUUGGAGGGUGGAAGCUUGAUUGGCGGUGCUGACUACAAACUGAUUUAUCGGCACUAUGCUACCCUCUACUUUGUAUUUUGUGUGGAUUCAUCGGAGAGUGAGCUUGGGAUCUUGGACCUCAUCCAGGUUUUUGUGGAGACCCUGGAUAAAUGUUUCGAAAAUGUUUGUGAAUUGGAUUUGAUCUUCCAUAUGGAUAAGGUGCACUACAUCCUGCAGGAGGUGGUGAUGGGAGGGAUGGUGUUGGAAACAAACAUGAAUGAAAUCGUGGCUCAGAUCGAAGCUCAGAACAGGCUGGAGAAAUCGGAGGGGCGGCUCUCGGCAGCCCCCGCCCGGGCCGUGUCUGCUGUGAAAAACAUGAACCUGCCCGAGAUCCCUCGGAACAUCAACAUCGGUGACCUCAACAUCAAAGUCCCCAACCUGUCCCAGUUCGUCUAGGGGUGAAGGCUCAGCUGAACUGGAGGCCUUGAGACCAGCAGAGCCAAGCCAGUCCCACGACAGAACCCACCUGCGCCCGGGAGACAAGCCUCGGACCUGACGCGCUGCCGGGGAGCGGGAGGGGAGCCCUGUGUCACUGUGGAGUGCUCCGUUCUCACGUGCGCAGCCUGGCCGGUCUCUGACGCAUGUGCCACUGCAGAUGUGAGGUCCUGGCUCCCCUAGUGGGGGGAUCAGUGUCACUCACCCCCUCUCCCUCCCACAUGCAGCCGUUCCCAGGGUUUGGGGUUGUAUUGAGAGGCCCACCCGCUUCCCAGGACCCCCACUAGGACCUUGUCCGACUGGAGUCUUCUUCCUUAGCAGCACGAGGCGUCUGGUCCAGUCGCAUGUACUUUUGCCAGUGCGGUGCCACUGCUGGCACAGGGCUGCCCGUCAGCUCUGGGAUGUGGUGAGUGGCAGGCAAGGGCCUGCUGGCUCUGCUAGGUUGUCAGCCCAGAGUCCUUUCGUGCGGCCACGCUUUCUGGUUACCCUCCUGCAGAGUGCAUCGCCCUGCCAUCAUCCCGGCUCUGCCCGCACAGACCAGACCAUGAGCCUGGUGCGUGCCCACCACAUUCCUGCUAACUGGGGGAGCACCCCCACACGGCAUCUCUCCAGCCCAGCCAGAGGCGUCCCCUGUCAAAGGGGAGAGGUUUUGUGUCUGUAGAAGCUAAAGGCAGCAUAUGGAGCAUCUCAGAGUUACUACUCUUUCUGGGUUUAAAAUACAUUGUCCUCACGAGGAGCAGACGGGUC